AUGGCGCCAGUCAACCCAACGACGGCGCGACAAACGCUUGCUCGCGCCAGUAAUGUCGCUAAUAUGGUGUGGAAAAGGGCAGCCAUAUUAGCUGCGCCAGAAGUCGCGCGCGCGACUCACCAUGCAUUGGCUCGCCGUGACUUGAGUGUCAACUCAACUCAGGGUGUCACCCUUGGUGUUAUCGCAGCAUACGUCGUCGCCAUCGCCAUUCUUUGGAACGUUCCGUAUCUUCGAAAUAUUCUUUGGCCUUUUAAGAUGCUCACCGUAGCGUUUCACGAGUUUGGCCACGCCAUCACCGCGUGUUGUACCGGCGGUCGUGUUGUAUCAAUCACACUGGACCCCAACGAAGGUGUUCAGGCUAUUACUUUGCCGGCUGGUUAUCUCGGUUCGUCGCUCAUCGGAGGUCUGCUCAUCUUUUGCGGCUUCAACAUCAACGCAUCCAAGAUCGCGUCCAUGGUCCUCGGAGUCUGUUUCCUACUCACACUUUGGUGGGGAAAACGAGACUGGCUCACUAUUCUGACGGUUCUUCUCGCUGUCGGGCUGCUUGUUGCUGCAUGGUUCAUUUCUCAUGCUCAAGCUUUGAGAUUCGUUGUUCUCUUCCUCGGAGUAAUGUCCGCUCUUUACUCUGCUUGGGAUAUCUGUGACGAUCUCAUCAUGCGAAAAGUAAACAGCUCGGAUGCAAGCGUUUUUGCCCAGCGAUACGGCGGCUCAUCUCGAUGCUGGGGCCUUAUUUGGGUCUUCAUCAGUCUCUGCUUCAUGGCAAUCGCCAUUGUAGCCGGCAUCGCUGCCUUCCCCCAGAGCUUCUCUGAACAGGAGAGCGACUCGCAGAAGUUUUUGCCCACCUAA